AUGGCUGCCGCGGCGAAUUCCACCCCUGCGUCGGUCUUUCCUCGUAGUCAUGUCGGUUUCGAUAGUAUCACUUCUCAGAUUGAGCGAAAGCUGUUGAAGCGUGGAUUUCAGUUCAAUGUGAUGUGCGUCGGACAAACCGGCCUGGGAAAGUCGACCUUGAUCAACACUAUCUUCGCUUCUCACCUGAUCGACUCCAAAGGUCGCCUCGCCCCUAACGAACCCGUUCGUUCAACAACCGAAAUACAAACUGUCUCGCACAUCAUUGAGGAGAAUGGCGUGCGUCUCAGGCUAAACAUAGUCGACACCCCGGGCUACGGCGAUCAGGUCAACAAUGACAGAUGCUGGGAUCCUAUUGUGAAGUACAUAAAGGAUCAACACUCCGCAUAUCUCCGAAAGGAGCUUACCGCUCAGCGUGACCGCUAUAUUCAAGACACCCGCAUUCACUGCUGCUUGUUCUUCAUCCAGCCAUCUGGCCAUGCUCUUAAACCCAUCGACAUUGUCGUCCUAAAGAAGCUCUCUGACGUGGUCAACGUGGUUCCCGUCAUCGCUAAAGCUGACUCGCUUACUCUCGAGGAACGCCAGGCGUUCAAGGAAAGAAUUAAGGAGGAGUUCGCCUUCCACAGUCUGAAAAUGUACCCCUACGACAACGAUGAGCUUGAUGACGAAGAGCGUGCAGUCAAUGCUCAAAUCAAGGACAUCAUUCCAUUCGCUGUAGUUGGUAGCGAAAGAACGAUCGUCGUCAAUGGCCAGCAAGUUCGCGGCCGCCAGAACCGCUGGGGUGUCAUCAACGUGGAGGAUGAGAAUCACUGCGAAUUCGUCUAUCUUCGAAACUUCCUUACCCGCACCCAUCUUCAGGACCUUAUCGAGACGACAAGCCAGAUUCACUACGAGACAUUCCGUGCUAAACAACUUCUGGCACUCAAGGAGAGCAGUGCUGCUGGCGGCCAUCCUGGUAGCAGCCGGCCCAUUAGUCCCUCAGCCGACAGGGAGCUUAGCCGUAAUUCGCAACGCAUGACCAUGAAUGGCUAUUGA